AAAGCGACCGCGUGACGUCACACGCAAGCAGUGGAUGCGGAAGUAGCACGCAGUUAAUCUGUAGUAGAUUUUAGGCAGGUGUUUGCGAUCGUCACAAGUCACAGCUUCAGGCUCGAGAUGUUGAAGGCGGUUAUUUUAAUUGGAGGCCCGCAGAAAGGCACAAGGUUCAGGCCGCUGUCAUUUGAAGUCCCUAAACCCUUGUUUCCGGUGGCUGGUGUUCCCAUGCUGCAGCACCACAUCGAAGCAUGCGUCAAGGUACCAAAUAUGAAGGAGAUUCUGCUCAUCGGCUUUUAUCAGCCAAACGAAGAACUGAACAGAUUCUUGUCCAAUGCACAGCAAGAGUUCAAGAUUUCCAUUAGGUAUUUGCAGGAGUAUGCGGCCCUGGGCACUGGAGGGGGCAUCUAUCACUUCAGGGAUCAGAUUGUCUCCGGUGGUCCAGAAGCGUUCUUUGUUCUGAAUGCGGAUGUCUGCUCAGCUUUUCCUCUCAAAGAGAUGCUCAGCUUCCAGAAAGAACACGGAGAACCCAACAGCUGUGUUAUUCUGGGGACAACGGCAAACAGAAAGCAAUCCAUGAAUUAUGGAUGUAUUGUUGAAAAUGAAGAAACGAAUGAGGUUUUGCAUUAUGUGGAAAAGCCCAGCACGUUUGUGAGUGACAUCAUCAACUGUGGUAUAUACCUCUUCAACCCCGACAUCUUUCAGCACAUCGGAACCGUCUUCCAGAAGAAUCAGCAGGACAUGCUGCUAUAUCCAUAUGAUGGAGAGGAGCCGACCAACGGCUGGCACAGAGCGGAGGCCAUCAGGCUGGAGCAGGACAUUUUUACUGCACUGGCAGGACAGGGCAAGCUCUAUGUGUAUAAAACCCUCAGCUUCUGGAGCCAGAUUAAAUCUGCAGGGUCUGCAAUUUAUGCAAGUCGGUUGUACCUUAACCAAUAUCAUACAUCCCAUCCUGAACGACUGGCUUCAAAUAAGGAGGGAGGGCCCAAAAUAAGCGGUAAUGUCUAUAUUCAUCCUACCGCCAAUAUUGACCCCACUGCCAUGCUGGGUCCUAACGUCUCCAUCGGCACCGGAGUGACUAUCGGCGCUGGAGUCCGAGUUCGGGAAUCCAUCAUUCUCCAUGGUGCGACUCUGCAGGACCACAGCUGUGUUUUGAACAGCAUUGUGGGAUGGGAUAGCACCAUCGGCAAGUGGGCGAGAGUGGAAGGGACCCCGAGUGACCCAAACCCCAAUGAUCCAUACGCAAAAAUGGACAGCGAGACCCUUUUCAGAGACGGGAAACUUACGCCCUCAAUUACGAUUCUCGGUUGUAAUGUCACCAUCCCCUCCGAGGUGAUUAUACUCAACUCCAUUGUCCUCCCACAUAAAGACCUCAACCGCAGCUUUAAAAACCAAAUUAUUCUCUAGUCAAUCUCCCUCAAGUUUGUGUCCAGUUACUGUCACCGCUGAAGGAUGCGGCCGGACGCACGCCGGCACUGCCCCAGAGUUACUGUAUAUAGGAUGUCAAAACUGAAGAUAUGGGACAUUCAUUAAAUAGUUUUGAAAGAUAGAUUUUUAUAUAUUUGUCCUCAAGUCUUUAUGCAUCAUUGGGCGUCAGCAGCAUUAGACACGAGCUAAUCACGCUUGUUGAUUCACCUUGAAAAAUGCUGUCACGCUAGAAGUUUUUAUUGCUUUUUUAUUAACUUUACCGAACUGUAAAAUAAAUACUGACAUGAGGAUAUGAUUUAAAAAAAACCUUCACAGAGGACGGUACUGCUUCUCAAGGGCGUCUUGGUGAACUUCUGUCUUGUUACUUUAGAGGGAGAAGUAUUGGUAAAUAAAAAUCACUGGCUACUGAAUGUGGUUAAUUUAGAGGGGUGAUUAUUUGUGUGGAGCGCUGAUUAAAAUUUUUUACCAUCGCCA